AGAUAGAUACGGUCACAACUCACACGGAGGAGUCAAUAUUCUUUUGUUUAAAAUCCUAAGAUUUUGGAUCAAUCACGGCGCCAAAAGAGGCAGGCAACAGUCGCGCGAAUUUAGGGCUCGUCCAGAUUUAAAACCAGAGUCAACUCUGUAUAAAGAUCCAAUUCAAUUGCCAUCUUCUUCAACAUCCAACUUCUUCAAUGGCUCGUCGCAAAGCGGAUUGGUCGGAGCUGUACCCUGAACUCCUAAGCAACAUCGCCAGCCGCCUCCAAACUCGAGGCGACUUCAACCAUUUCCGAUCAGUCUGCAAAAAUUGGAGAUCAUCUUCAUCAAUCCUCCCUCAUCAAAACCUACCUUACUUGUCCCCUCUCUUCCUUCACACAUUAUCUCCUAUUUCUAUCAAUCUAUGUCAUGCCAGCGCACAAUCGUCCCUCCGUAAAUACAGUUAUUCUGUCAAAAUCGUCGCCAACUCCACAGUUCUCCUUCAACCCAAAAACCCUAACCCUAAUUGCACGCCGCGGAAACCGUGGCUGAUCACAGUCGAGGAGUUUAAUCCAGGUAGUCUUUUACUUAGGAAGCCUCUGACUAGGGAUACAAUUAAAGAUUACCCUGAUAAUUUUCCAAGAACUUUGAAUUUAUCCGAUUUUAGUAUUAGAGAAAUUCGAACGGGUUAUAAUCUUAGGUUCGCCAAACUAAUUUCGCAGUUUCUUGACUUUUCAGAUCCGUAUUGGAAAUCGGGAAAUGAUAAACUGGUUUUGUUUAAGAACCCUAAUUGUGUAGAUGAUUGUUAUGUUUUGAUGCUUCGUCCUGCAGGGGACUUGGUAUAUGUGAGAUUAAAUGAUGGGAAUGAUAAUCGGGAUUUGCGUUGUCAUCCUGUUUCGAAAUUCGAUGAUAUUGUGAACUACAAAGGGAUGGUUUGGGCGAUUGACAGGAGAGGUAGGCCGUAUGUUGUUCACUUUAGUGAUGUUUUGAAAUUGGUUUUAUUUUCGAAUCAUACAAUUUGUAAUAGGAAAUUAUAUACUGAUUCAAGAAAGCGUCUAGUGGAAUCUUCCGAUGGGUUGUAUAUGAUUGAUAGGUAUCAUGAAGAAGAUUGGAUUAAGUUUAGGGUUUAUAAGCUGAAUGAAGAGGAAUGCAAGUGGAAUGAAAUUGAUAGUUUGGGUGGUAGGAUACUGUUUGUGCUUUCUGAUUGCUGUUUCUUUGGUAAUGCUGAAGAUUUUCCAGGGUGUGGAAGGAAUUGCAUCUACUUCCCUAGAGGUCAGUUUAUGCCAUAUAACGGCAAUACUUAUCCGGAUAGCUAUUACUUCAUGGGAGCUACAAAGGAGUUAGAAAUUGGAGUUUUCCACUUGGAUGAUGGUGAAAGCGAACUCGUGUCAACUUCCUCUGGCUAUUCUAGCCUACUAUGGCCACCACCAAAGUGGCUCUUUCCCGGAUGGGAUGGAGAGGAGGAUGAGAUUACUCUCGAUCUCAACAAUAAUGAGAUACACCCAUCCUCUUUAAGCAACUUUUCAGCAUUAGAUGUUAUAGAGCAGCCUGUUGAAACUGGUGUUUCUGACCAACAACUUCAAGGACCAGAUGUACCUUGGGCUGACAUUCCCUCAGACUUGCUAACUGAAAUUGCAAAGUACCUAGAGAGUCGCGCUGAUGUUUGUGUAUCCCGUGCAGUCUGUACGAAUUGGAGAGCUUCUUUUUCACUUCCCCUGAACUCAAGUAUACUGUGUUCCAUGUUACCUUACAAGAUCUCAAACACUUUACCCGAUUUUAUUAGCAAAAUCCGUCCUUUUCAUCUGGUGACAAGCAUUGUCUAUCUUAUCCAUCCAUGUAGCCAAUCACUUGUUCCUUCAAAAAGUUGGUUGGUUACAAUUGAAGAGUUAAAUCCAGGCAAGCUCACCUUACUGCUACCUCUUAGAAGAGCAGCUAUAAAAGAUUUGCCUGAAAAUUUCCCAAAGUUUUUAAGCCUAUCAGAUUUACAUGUGACGGAAAUAUCCAGAGAGUAUAAUUUUCAAAAUGCAGAAGAAAGAUGGUGUGAAUUUUCAUCCAGUGAUUGCCCUUUUGAUUGUGGUGUUCACUCUGUCCAGAAAGUGGUUCUGUUUUCAAACAAGGCUCCUCCUACAAUUGCUGGUACAACUGCUUUUAUUUUAGGCACUAAAGGGAGUCUAGUUGCAUUGGAGCUAGGAAAUCACUCAGAUAAGGCUUGUUGGUUGGUGCGUUGUGGAUCUGUUUAUAAGUUUGAUGAUAUACUCAACUUCAAAGGACAGGUAUAUGGUAUUGAUCGCAAAGGCAGAGUUUAUAUCAUUUCCUACAAUGAGCAAAUCAUUUGUAGGAUAACUAAUGAUGCAAUUGGAACUGGUCAAGCUUCUGAUAGACACAAGCGUUUGGUGGAAUUUCGCGGGGAAUUAUAUGUACUUACUAGAUACAGUCCCGAGAUGAAAAUCAGUUUCUGUGUUUAUAAGCUGAAUGAAGAACAGCAUAAAUGGGAUCAGGUCACAAGUUUGGGAAACAAGAUAUUGUUUGUAACUCCUAAUGUUUGCUUCUUUGUAUCUUCUCGAGACUGUCCAGGGUGGAAAGGGAAUUGCAUUGUGUUUCCUGUAGAUUCUUUACCUUCUUACACACAAAGCAGUCGUCCUGACAUGAGAUUUUUUAGAAGAGCAAGUAGAGAGUUUAAGAUAGGUGUAUUCUACAUGGGGCAAACUGAUGGUGCUAAGCUGAUAAGGUUAUAUCCAGGCUAUUCUGAUUUGUUUUGGCCGCCUCCUUCUUGGCUUUCAGCCACUUAGGUUAAUCUGAACUUCUCAAUUUCAGUAACAACUUUGUAAAAACUUUACAUUUUUAGCUCUGUGUCUUUUGAAUGCUUGGAUUCCUGGAAGUUACAAAAAUGCAAUCUUAUUUUUACACAAUGAUUUUCUUA